AUGUCGCCCUCUACUACAAAAAUAAAAAAAUUACAGCUACUUGUGAAGAAAAAGAACAAAAAAAUUAAGCAACUCCAACGAAAAAAUUUGCGAAAAGAGAAAACCAUUACAGGUCUGAUUACUCGGCUAAAUAAACAAAAAGUUCUUUCAAAAGAGCUCGGCGAGAAACUCGAUAAAAAUUUUGGGCAUUUAAAAUUGUACAAAAAUGAGCUAAAAAAUCAUGCAAGAAAGGCUGGUUCACGUUACAGCCAAGAAAUGAAGGAAUUUGCAGUAUCUUUGCAUUUUUAUAGUGCAAAAGCUUAUAAUUUUGUACGCAAAUCACUCCACUUGCCACAUCCGGCUACGCUUAGGUCAUGGGCAGCAGAUGUUGCUUGUGAACCAGGAUUUUUGACGGCUACAAUAGAUAGUCUUGCCGGGAAAUUUGCUUCAGAUGGCGAGUCUGAAUGUGGCCUGGUUUUGGAUGAAAUGUCCAUCCGAAAAGAAACGCUUUGGGACAGAAAAAACAACAAAUUUGUUGGGAAUAUUGAUUACGGCAAAACCCAAGGCGAAGAUCCUGAUAACAUCGCCACUAAUGUGUUAGUAAUUAUGGCUGCAGGACUUAAAAAAUCUUGGCAAAUGCCAAUUGGGUAUUUUUUAACAAAUAAAACUACUAGUGCUACGCAGUCCCAACUAGCAUUAGAAGCCAUAAAAUUACUGUACAACAAAGCAAACAUAAUUGUUAAAUCUGUAACGUUUGAUGGGCCAACUAAAAAUAUUAGCACAGCUAAAAAACUUGGCUGUGACAUCAAAAAUUUGAAAGGGUCAUUUCCUCACCCCUGUCGACCAGAUCUAAUGGUUUAUGUUGUAUUAGAUAUUUGCCACAUGAUAAAGUUAGCACGAAAUGCUUUGGGCAAUUUAAAAAUCUUCAAAACACCCACAGGAGAAACAAUUUCAUGGGGUUUUGUUGAAGCUUUGUAUGAAAUCCAGCAACAAGACAUAUUGCACCUGGCUAACAAGUUAAAAACAAAGCAUAUCCAGUGGCACAAGCACAAAAUGAAAGUUAGUGUUGCUACCCAAACUUUAAGUGCAUCUGUGGCAGCUGCCAUAACAUUUUUACGAAAUAUUAAGGUCGAAAAUUUCAUGGGCAGUAAAGCAACAAGUGAUUUCAUACUUUUGAUGAACAAUCUUUUUGAUAUUUUAAACUCCAAAAGCAAAUUUGGAAAGCAGUAUAAGGCACCAAUUAACCUAGAAAACUAUGCAAAUAUUGAAAAGUAUUUACAAGAUGGCAUUGCAAUUUUGAAAACGCUCAAAACUCUGGAUGGAGUAGAAGUAGUUAAUGGUCCAAGGAAAACCUUUAUUCAAGGUUUUGCAAUAUCAGCAGACUCAAUCCUUGCUAUCAGUAAAGAGCUUUUGCAUAGAGCCAACCUUCCGUAUAACUAUGUUCUUACAUACCGAUUUUCACAAGAUCCACUCGAAAUGUUUUUCAGUAAAAUAAGAAGCCGGUUAGGGUGGAAUAAUAAUCCCAAUGCAUUGCAAUUUAAAUAUGCAUUGAGGUCUUUGCUAUUAAGAAACAACAUUGAGUGUCCUACAACAGCAAACUGUGUGGCAACUACAGAAGAGCAAUCAGACUUACCUGACCAGUCUGACCACCAAGAUGCUCAAAUUUCUGAGAUGUUGCAAACAUCAACUGCAUGGCGGUAUGAUGUUCUAUUUUACAUAUCUGGCUACAUAGCACGAAAGUUGUUGAAGAUUAUAAAGUGCCCUGAGUGUGCUGAAACAUUAUAUCAACCAACUGAUGUAGCACACGACCAUCAAUAUCACCACAAUAUUACGCUCCUAUCCUGCAAACGUUAUGGCAAGUUGUUGGUUCCAUCCUUGUCUGUUGUAAAAGUGGUUACAACAACUGAUACAUUGGCAAGACAAGUUCUUUGUUCCUGGACAACUCUAAGCAAAGAUAAAAAAGAGAAGAUCUGUUUAGAAAUUAAACACCUUUCAGGAUAUUCUCCAGCACUCACAACAAGGUCAUGUCCUUGA